AUGGUGAAGUUCUCGAAAGAGCUCGAAGCUGAGCUCAUCCCAGAGUGGAAGGAUGCUUUUGUCAAUUAUUGGAUUUUAAAGAAACAUGUCAAGAACGUUAAACUGUCAAGAAAAUCACAUCUUGUUCAAGACAAAACUUGUGGUAUUGGUCGCUCCAUUUUCAACCCCAUCUGCAUCUUCGCAAACAAAAUCUCUCAAACAGUUCAUAAUGCUAGGGGUGAUCCAGACCUUUUCCAGGUGAAAAGGAAGAUCAGUCAAGGUGAAGAAGGUGUAGAAGAGGAAGGAUAUGAAAAGGAGCUGCUUCAACUAUUCUCAGAAGAAGAUGAGAUUCAGUUGUUCUUCGAAAGAUUGGACGAAGAGCUUGAAAAGGUGAACAAAUUUUAUGAGGCUAGAGAAACCGAGUUUCUUGAAAGAGGAGAGCUUCUGAAUAAACAGCUUCAGCUAUUGGUGGACCUCAAACCAGUCCUGUCUGACCGACGCAGGAAAUUGUCUUCGAGAUCCAGUAGUGGAUUUCUCUCGAGGUCUUAUUCAUCCUCAACCAGAAACUCAGACUUCUCUGAGACUCAAAGUGAGUUUAGUGAUACCCCCACAGAAACUUCCCAAACAGAUGAUGUUAUUGCUGCUUUAGAAAAAAAUGGCAUAAAUUUCAUCAACUCAGCAACGAGAUCAAAGACAAAAAUGGGCAAGCCUAAGAUGACCAUGAGGAUUAAUAUUCCUGCUACUACCCCUACACGUACCAUUGCUGCUGUUACAUCGAUGCUUUGGGAGGAUUUGGUGAACAAUCCUAAGAAAGAAAGUCCAGGAGAUUGUAUCAAUAGAAAGAAGAUUCAAUGUGCUGAAAAGAUGAUUAGAGGGGCAUUUGUGGAGCUCUAUAGGGGCCUGGGAUUACUCAAAAGAUACAGCUCCUUGAAUAUGAUGGCUUUUAUCAAGAUACUUAAGAAAUUCGAUAAGGUAUCGAACCAACAGGCAUCAGCAAGUUACCUGAAAAUGGUGAAGGAAUCCCAUUUCAUUAGCUCAGACAAGGUUGUUAGGCUAAUGGACGAGGUGGAGUCCUUGUUCACACAGCACUUCGCCAACAAUGACAGGAAAAAGGCAAUGAAAUUCCUAAGACCACAACAGAACAAAGAUUCUCACAUGGUCACCUUUUUUGUUGGACUUUUUACAGGUUCUUUUGUAACAUUGUUUACUGUUUAUGCAAUUUUGGCGCAUAUCAGUGGCAUGUUCUCGCCCAGAUCAGAGAAAGAUUAUAUGGAAACUGUUUACCCUGUUUUCAGCAUGUUUGCAUUGCUAAGCUUGCACUUGUUUAUGUAUGGCUGUAAUCUGUUCCUUUGGAAGAGUACGCGGAUCAACCACAACUUCAUAUUCGAACUCCAGCCCAACACAGCCCUCAAAUACAGAGAUGCUUUCCUCAUCUGCACCUCCUUAAUGACUGCAGUUGUGACAGCACUGGUCAUUCACUUAAUCCUUCUAUCAAACAAUUUACCACCAACUCAAGUAGAUGCCAUUCCAGGAGUCCUUCUCUUGCUUUCUCUAGCCCUGCUCAUAUGUCCAUUAAACAUCUUCUACCGCCCAACCCGCUACAACUUCCUCAAAGUGAUGCGCAACAUAAUCUGCUCUCCCUUUUAUAAGGUUCUAAUGGUCGAUUUCUUCAUGGCUGACCAGCUUACAAGCCAGAUUCCAUUGCUCAGGCAUAUGGAAUCAACAGCCUGCUACUUCAUUGCUGGAAGUUUCAAAACACACCGUUAUGCAACCUGCAAAUCAGGGAAAAUGUACAGGGAGCUUGCCUAUGUUAUCUCAUUCGCACCAUAUUAUUGGCGUGCCAUGCAGUGUGCAAGGCGAUGGUUUGAUGAAUGUGACGUAAACCAUCUGGCUAACCUGGGGAAGUAUGUCUCAGCAAUGGUGGCAGCAGGGGCAAGAAUUACAUAUGCUAGGAAUCCCUCAGAUUUCUGGAUGAUCAUAGCAUUGGUGACCUCACUGGUGGCAACAGUUUAUCAGUUGUACUGGGAUUUCGUGAAGGACUGGGGGCUUUUGAACCCAAAAUCAAGAAACCCAUGGCUUAGAGAUAAUUUGAUUUUAAGAAACAAAUGCAUCUAUUACAUUUCAAUUGCCUUCAAUCUUGUACUAAGAGUAGCUUGGGUCGAAACUGUGAUGCAUUUCAACAACGUUGGAAUAUUUGAGUCACGAAUGCUGGACUUUCUCCUGGCUUCACUGGAAGUAAUCAGACGCGGGCAUUGGAACUACUACAGAUUGGAGAAUGAACAUUUGAACAAUGCUGGGAAGUUCAGGGCAGUCAAGACAGUUCCUUUACCAUUCAGAGACAUUGAUUCAGAUGGAUAACCCAAAAAAAAAUUAGAGUACGUAUAUCUAGAGACAUCCUACCAAGAAGGGGUCGGGGAACAUGUUGAAAUCAUCAAGAAUUGGAAAAGGAUCCAGGUUUGGAUCUGACAAAACAUGGUGAUCAAUUUCCUUCAUCAAAAAUUGUGAAAGAAGUGAACUGUGAGGCAUCAGACAUGUGAAGAUGUGACAAAGGAGGCGCUCAGCUGGGCAACAUUACCAUUCAAGUGUUCAAUGGGACAUCUGGAGAGUUCUAACUUCAAUUACAUAUAAAUAACAUCAGUUUGGUCUUUGAACAAUUUCUAUCCUAUCCUGAUAACAUUCAUACUAGUAAAGUGUACCUACUCAUGGCGCAAGCCUAUUGCUUAAGUUUGAUCUCAAAAUUGAAAUAUUUUUC